AAAACAAAACACAACUGAACCACUAUAAUUAUGAUAUUUUAAAACGUAUAUGUAACCGAACACUAAAUAUUACAACAACAACAACAACUACGGCGACGGCGAUAUAAAUAGUAAUAAUAAUAAUUAUUAUUAUUAUCGAUUUACACUCAGACUGUACGUCAACUCAUUGGUCAGCCAACGGAACGCAUCGCCGUUUGACGUAGACGGUCAAGACCGGUGUUUCGUUUGGUUUUAUAUCGCCAUGCCAGCAGCUCCGACCUUGCUGUACCUCUGACUGACAACGAAGAACCGUAUGCUCGGGACGGCGUGUCCGAGCGAUAUUAACGCUACGGUAUUAUGUAAACUUGCAGUCCGGCGCACGGAUGGUCCGAAGUGUACCAGCGGCAACCAUAAAAAUGGUCCAGGAUCCUUGUGGCAUAUUCUGUAUACUGUUCACGUACACUUCAAUCGUGUAUGCCGACUACGUGGUCAUCAAAUGGGUGGUUUUGCAUACCAUGCAGGAUAGCUUAUGGGCUCCAUUUCACAUAGUGCUUUUCAAUACAUUUCUGUUGUUAUUAACAGUAUCACAUUUACGUGCAAUGUGUUCUGAUCCUGGCACUGUACCUUUGCCACAUACUAAUGAUUCACUAUCAGACUUACGACAAGUCAAUGAACCUUUAGUGAAAAGAGAAGAUUGGACAAUGUGUACAAGAUGUGAAACAUUUCGACCACCACGAGCUCAUCACUGUCGAAUUUGUAAGCGUUGUAUUAGACGAAUGGAUCAUCAUUGUCCAUGGAUUAAUAAUUGUGUUGGAGAAAAAAAUCAAAAGUAUUUUGUACAAUUUCUUUUUUUUGUUUGUAUUCUCUCUGCAUACACUAUUAUGUUGGUUAUCAUGUCGUGGGUACGUGAAUGCAGGCAGUGUAAACUAUAUGAUAUGGAUACAAGACAAACUCAAGUUUUGCAUUCAGUAAUUUUAAUCAUGGAGAGUGCUCUUUUUGGUAUGUUUGUAAUAGCAAUUUUGUAUGAUCAAAUGGAUGCUAUUUAUAAUGAUCAAACAACAAUGGAACAAACAAUCUAUAAGCGUUCAAAUCCACUACAUAGAUAUAUAUUUUCUUCUAUUUGCCGGUGGCCAAAAAUAUCUAGAUCUACAUCAAAAUUAAAUAUUCGAUCUGUAUAAUAAUUGUUGGUUACAUAUUUAUUAUUAAAACUAACGUUACAUCCUUAUAAUACUUAAAAUCUGCAAAUAUUGAUAAAGAAAUUUCUCAGAUUUUAUUAAUUUUAGUAAUGUGGUCUAAUAUGACUUAAU